GUCAACAGAACUACGUCAUUUGAAACAAAUCCUUAAGUGUACCUCAUUGGGACUAGCCUUUGGGCUGCAAAAUAUCGCCUGCUGCGCCGGGCAGUGACGGUGUGCGAGGCAAAGCACUGGCAGACUCUCAUCAGACCCCUCCAAAACUGUGAAUUCACCGCAAACACCAAACCCUUCGGCGCAGUCUAGAUCGACUUACAUUUUCUCGACUAAACAUCCUCCUCUUUUUGCUCCCCAUCAUCGCAAGCGAUCAUCAAACACACAAAUCAGUCAUCGGAAAUGUCGGGCAACUACGAAUCAUGGGAGGACGCCGCGAACCAGGACGAAGAUCUUUCAAGACAAGCACAAAAUAUGAAUAUUAAUGCCAACGCCAAUGCUUUCAGGCCUGGAGCCCAAUCCUUUCAGCCCGGUGUUGCCAACUUCCAACCAGGCCAGCAAUACCAACAGCAGAAUGGCUAUCAGAAUUCCGGCUACGGCCAACAACAGGGCUAUAACCAGUUCUCUCAAUAUGGCCAACAGCAGGGCUACAACCAAUACUCACAAUAUCAGCAGCAGCAGCCGCCCCAACAACAGCAACAGGGCUACAACCAAGGCCCCAACAGUGGCCAGUUUGCUGCUUACAACCAGUCCCCCGGGAGUUUUCAACCACGUCAAGGCGCUCCCAUAAGCAUCGCCAAAAGACCAGACGCUCAACCUGCGGCGGCUGCUCAGAAGCCGGCGCCUCAAUCUCAGCAAGAGCCAGCUCCGCCAGCUGCUCAGGCACCACCACCGAAACCUGCCGCUGCGGCACCUCCCAAAGCGAAAGUGUUAUCCAUCGGCGUUCCUACCACUGCAUCUACCUCCUCCAAGAAGACCGACUUUCCCACCGCAAAAGAAGCGCCUGCCAAAGUAGAAGCGAAGGGCGACUCGAAGGCGGAUGCUGGAGCAAAAGUUACCGCAGCAAAGGCCGUCGAGAAGACGGGUGAAAAAGUGACCGGAAAGACCUCCCCAUCGCCUUCAUCAGGCAAAUCCUCUCCCACACCUGGCGAAGCCAAGAAGGCCCGAACGGCAGAAGAAAUUGCUGCAGAACAGUCAGCCGAUGUCGAUGCGUCGGUACUAGAAGACAUGUACGGAAAAGAACAUGUCAACAUCAUUUUCAUUGGACACGUUGAUGCCGGGAAAUCAACACUGGGUGGUCAAGUGCUGAUUCAGACGGGCAUGGUUGAUGACCGGACGCUAGAGAAAUACAAGAGAGAUGCAAAAGAUGCUGGACGAGAAACCUGGUACAUAUCUUGGGUGCUGGAUUUGAACAAAGAAGAAAGAGCAAAGGGUAAGACAGUCGAAGUCGGCCGAGGUUUCUUCGAGACCGACAAGCGCCGGUACACCAUCCUCGAUGCACCAGGUCACAAGACCUAUGUUCCCAACAUGUUGAGCGGUGCUGCACAGGCGGACGUUGCAAUCCUGGUCAUCUCCGCAAGAAAAGGUGAAUUUGAAACCGGUUUCGAAAAGGGUGGCCAGACUCAAGAGCACGCAAUGUUGAUCAAGACGACGGGUGCUAAAGAGCUGGUGGUUGUGGUCAACAAGAUGGACGACAUCACCGUGGAAUGGUCCAAAGAGCGAUACGACGAGAUUGUUGGCAAGCUCAAACCAUAUCUUAAGAAGAGGAUCGGCCUCGAGUCAACCUUCAUGCCCAUCUCCGCUCAGACCGGGUUGGGCGUCAAGGACAGGAUUCCCAAGGACAAGGCCCCCUGGUACAGUGGGCCCUCGCUGCUCGAAUUUCUGGAUGGCAUGGCCAAGAUCCAACGAAACAUGAAUGCCCCCUUCAUGAUGCCUAUCGGCGCCAAGUACCGAGACAUGGGUACCAUGAUUGAAGGCCGUGUCGAAGCGGGAGUCGUUCAGAAGAAUGCAAACUAUAUCAUGAUGCCAAACAGAGAAGAGGUCGGCAUUGCAGCUCUAUACGGUGAAACCGAAGACGAAGUUCCCCAUGCGGUCUGCGGUGAUCAGGUGCGCAUGCGCCUGCGAGGCAUCGAGGAGGAAGAUAUCCUGCCCGGUUUCGUUUUGUGCUCACCCAAGCGAUUGGUCCACUGCGUCAAAGAGUUCGAGGCCCAGAUCAACAUCGUCGAUCUCAAGUCGAUUUUGUCGGCCGGGUUCAACUGCGUUAUUCACGUCCAUGCGGCGACAGAAGAGGUCACCUUUGACGCACUGCUGCACAAGCUAGAACCCAAGACUGGGCGUAAGAGCAAGAAACCUCCACCAUUCGCGGCUAGGGGUCAGAACAUCAUCGCCAGAUUGCAGGUUACUAGUGCUGCCGGGCGGAUCUGUGUCGAGCGGUUCGAGGAUUACCCGCAAUUAGGACGGUUCACGCUCCGUGAUCAGGGUCAGACUAUCGCUGUUGGCAAGAUCACCAAGUUGAUCAACGAUGAUGAGUAAGUGUACAAUGAAGCACUUGGGGGAGAAAUACCAGGCGGGUCACUUCAGCUGCCUCGUACCAAGUACGAAGCAUGAUGCCUCACGAUUGAAAUGGGACGGCAUGGCUGGGUGGAACGGUCUUAGAUAGACACAGCUAGAUGCACACCAGAUAUAGGCUUCGAAGUAACGCAUACGGUGACACUAUUGCAGGGACAGGCCCUUCAAGGAAGA